AAAAAGCCACAGAGGAGAAUCAAGGGUCAUGAUGCCUCCAUGCUGAGAUGUGUGCUAGCGGCCUGUCCGAGAGGCUGAGCUUGCUCUCUUUACCAUGUAAAUGCAAAAAGAAGCAUGCUUUAUUCCUCCACUAGUCCACCCGUGGCUUCAGGGCAGCCUAGUGCCACCCUGUACCUCACGCCUAAGGUGCUGACCCAGCCAGCGGGUACAAGAGCCAUGGAGAAUUCCUCGGCAAAAGUCAACAGCUCGCUAGAGCUCCGGGCGCUAUCGGAAUACGUAACGCCUUCAACUGUUUGGCAGGACCCUGUUCAGGGCCUGAACCUGCCCCUCCAGGUGUUCUUUGGCCUGGUCAUCAUCUGCAUGCUGCUGCUGGCCUUCCUCGGAAACAUGGUGGUCUGCCUCAUGGUUUACCAGAGAGCCGCUAUGCGUUCCGCUAUUAACAUCUUGCUGGCCAGUCUCGCCUUUGCCGAUAUGAUGUUAGCGGUCCUCAACAUGCCCUUUGCGCUAGUCACAACGGUGACCACGCGCUGGAUCUUCGGAGAGGCGUUUUGCCGCGUCUCGGCCAUGUUCUUCUGGAUGUUCCUGAUGGAGGGAGUGGCUAUUUUGAUGAUCAUCAGCGUGGACCGCUUCCUAAUCAUCGUGCAAAAGCAGGACAAACUUAGUCCACGCAGUGCCAAAGUGUUGAUCGCGGUCUCGUGGUCUCUGUCUUUCUGCUUUUCUUUCCCACUUUCCAUUGGCCAUCCGGCCCUGUACAUUCCACCCAGAGCACCGCAGUGUGUUUUUGGCUACACGGUUGAGCGAGGCGACCAUGCUUACGUGAUGCUCAUUAUGCUGGUGUUCUUCUUUGUACCAUUCCUGGUGAUGCUUUACACGUUCAUGGGCAUCUUGAGUACGCUCCGGCACAACGCGCUGCGCAUCCACUCCCACCCCGACUCGCUGUGCCUCAGCCAGGCCAGCAAGCUGGGUCUGAUGAGUCUGCAGAGGCCCUUUCAGAUGAACGUUGACAUGAGCUUCAAAACACGUGCCUUCACCACAAUCCUCAUUCUGUUCUCAGUCUUCACCGCAUGCUGGGCUCCAUUCGCCACCUACAGCCUGCUGUCCACCUUCAGUCGUGCCUUCUACUACCGGCAGAACUUUUUCGAGAUCAGCACGUGGCUGCUGUGGAUCUGCUACCUCAAAUCGGCCCUGAAUCCUCUCAUCUACUACUGGCGAAUCAAGAAGUUCCGUGACGCCUGCCUUGACCUGAUGCCCAAGUACUUCAAGUUCUUGCCGCCGCUGCCUGGCCACACGAAGAGACGUAUCCGGCCCAGUGCUGUUUAUGUGUGCGGGGAGCAUCGAUCUGCGGUGUAGUGGAGGACGUUUCUGAAGCUUCUUUUGUAAUUCUUACGGUACAAUCUUAUCAAGCUGUGAUAUGUUUGGUCUUUCUUCGAACCGCAGGAUGUUUUUAGCUGUAAAAGAUUGUACAGAUGAGACGGUUUACAGAGCCUGUACAUUAAACUACUUUAAUUGCACAAUGUUUUUUAUAGGAUUUAGAUCGUAAUAAAAGUUUGUUCAAGUCAGGUGCUGCUAUAUUUGGUGAAAAUGUGCAAUCUUCUGUUUUAUGCCAUGAAUGUAAUACGAUUUUGUGUGCUGUGUUUGUUUUUUUGUUUUUUUUGUUUUUUUCUGGCUUUGUGAUUCGGUUUUACACUUAACUAUUUUCUAUUUAAUUUUAUUGUUGAUUGCUCAGCUAGGGAGGAUCGCUCAGUUUUCAAUUAUUUUCAGUGUGGAGAUAAAGGAAAGGCAUUUUACAAAGGUGUAAGCAGCAUGUUCCAAACUGAUAAGUAGAUGACUUUGUGGAGAUACAUGAUUUUUAAUCUGA